AUGGACGCAGCUGAGGCCCAGAAGCAGAUCCAGCAGAUGGUCAACUUCAUCCUCAAUGAGGCGAAGGACAAAUCGGAGGAGAUUGAGGCUAAGGCCAUGGAGGACUUCAACAUUGAGAAGCUGAAGCUUGUCCAGCAGAUGAAGGAGAAGGUCAGAAAGGAGUAUGCUCAGAAGGCUAAGAAGAUUGAGACUCAGAGAGCUAUCGCUCGUUCCACUGCAAUCAACCGUUCUCGACUUCAGAAGAUCGGUGAGCGUGAUGCUAUGCUCCACAAGGCUGUUGAUGAUGCCAUCGCCGAGCUUUCUGCUUACGCCAAGACUCCCGCUUAUAAGACCACUGUCACCAACCUCAUCGUUCAGGGCUGUUUCUCUCUUCUUGAGCCUGAGGUCACCAUUCGUUGCCGUCAGGAGGACAUGGCUCUUGUUGAGGCUGUCAUCCCUGAGGCUCAGAAGAUCUAUGCCGCUGAGAUCGCCAAGCAGGCUAAGGGCACUACCAAGGCCGUUGUGCUCAAGCUCGACAAGAAGAACCCUCUCAAGGGCAAGGCUGGUGGUGUUGUGCUAAGCUGCAACGAUGGCAAGAUCCGUGUUGAUAACACUCUGGACGCCCGUCUUCGUCAGCUUGAGGAGAAGGACAAGCCUAAUCUGCGUAAGGUUCUUUUCCCUAUCGAGGCUUAA